GAUCCGCAUAUCACGACAAGCAGUAUUUCCUUUCCUGGAAUCAGUGCCAUUACAAGCCCUCCGAAUGAGGUUUUCUCCUCGCCAAAAAAUUCAGUCAUGCCUUCUGCUCCUGCUGUCGACCGCAGUGAUAAACCAAGCGUAGUCAGUCACCCAUCUCACGAUGCUUCUUCUCCUAUUGGUACCAGAAUAGUUCUCAUCGCUGGCGAUCUUAUUCAGAAGUUUCUGGUUUGCGCUCAGAGCAAUACGGCUAAAAAUGUGGAGACAUGUGGUACUUUAUGUGGGACAAUUGUGGGUAGUGCCUUUCUUGUUUCCCAUGUGAUCCUUCCCAAACAGUCCGGAGCCUCUGAUGGUUGCUAUGCUGAAGGAGAGGAAGAGGUUUUUGCCUAUCAGGACAAACAUGAUCUAAUAACGCUAGGAUGGAUACAUACUCAUCCUAGCCAGACCGCUUUUCUUUCCUCAGUCGAUCUUCACACUCACUGUGCUUAUCAGAUGAUGCUAAGUGAAGCGGUUGCAAUUGUGUGUGCCCCUUCACACAAACAGAUUGGUACGUUUGUGCUGACGUCGUACGGCAUGAGUGUGGUGGAGUCUUGUACACAGAAAGGAUUUCAUGUCCAUCCCGAGGACGAAAAAUUGUUUGUGGAAGCCGAUCACGUCAAAUAUACCAGGAAACUG